AGUGAACUGUCAAAAUAUUUUUUUUUGCAAACUAAAAUAAAAAAUCAAGUUGUCGCUGGGAGGAAAAUAGAACUCCUAGAAAAUCGAGAUUUAAUACCAAAUAGAAAAAAAAACUGAAGUGGCAAAUAUUUUCAAUUAAAACUAAAAAUAAAUUAAAAUCCAUAAUAUUACGUAAAUUACUAAAAAAAAGUAUUGUAAUACAAAAAAGAAUAAAUUGUUUGAAAAACAAGGGGAGACUGAAAUUUAAAUUAAAGCAACAAGGAUUUUGUAAGGGAAGUUUUUGGCAAACAAACCAACACCUUAAGAAGACCACGACGCAACGGCACACUGUUCAAACAUUAAAGUGUAGAAUUGUCGUGAGGAUGGAACCACCACAUUCCUUUCAUCCCUGUGAUGAGGCUGUCAUUGCCACAAACGACGAUGCUAGCGAUUGCAAAAGGGGUGCUGUACGGUUGGGCUACUGGAAGGACGAUUACAUAGGAUUUUUUGUGCGCAAUCAAGAUCGCAAGGCACCAGAGAUAAAUCGAGGCUAUUUUGCCAGGGUCAAGGGCGUUGAGAUGUGUGUUGAGAAGUUCCUGAAGAAAACCGAUGGCAACUGUCAGAUCAUUAAUCUUGGCUGUGGAUUUGAUACACUGUACUUUCGCCUGCGCGAUACCCCGCAUCAAGUGAAAAACUUUAUUGAAUUAGAUUUUCCAACGGUUACGGCGCGCAAAUGUUACACAAUUAAAAGGAACAAAGUGCUAUUGUCGAAAAUACACGAUGAGGAUGGAGAGGUGCGGUUAAGUCCCACCGAUUUGCAUGGACCCAACUAUCAUUUGAUGGGUGUAGAUUUAAGAAAUAUCGAUGAAGUAGACAAUAAAUUACAACAGGCGGAAAUUGAUUACACACUACCAACAAUAUUUCUGGCCGAAUGCGUAUUAGUUUAUAUAGAGUUACAGAAUUGUAAAAAUCUAUUAAAGUGGAUUGCCAGUAAGUUUACCAGUGCUGUAUUUGUCAAUUAUGAACAGGUCAAUAUGAAUGAUCGUUUCGGUGAAGUGAUGUUAAACAAUUUGCGCUGUCGUGGCUGUAGUUUGGCCGGAGUUGAUGCUUGCCUUUCGUUGGAUACACAAAUGGGUAGAUUUUUGGAAUGUGGCUGGAGUGGCAGUCGAGCUUGGGACAUGGUGCAGGUUUAUCAAAGUAUACCACCGGCCGAACGCCAGCGUAUCGAACGUAUCGAAAUGUUGGAUGAGGGUGAAUUGUUGUUGCAAUUAUUUCAACACUAUUGUCUUGUGGUGGCAUGGAUUGGUGAACUGUUUCAAGAUAUUGAGAUUACGUGCGUUAACGUGGUUGAGAAACGUAUGUCUUCUUUGAACAUCGAUUAGAACAUGAAACAAAACCAUUAUCAAUAAACUGAAACAAGGCUGCACAAUUUACAGACUUAUGAUUGCAACAAAUUUGUUUAAUAAUUUUUUUAAAUUAGUAACAACAACAUAAUAAUAAUAAUGCUUUUUUUGGUAUUUCUAUAUUAAAGAAAAAUGAAAAGAAAUGAAUCUAUUAUUAAAUGUACUUUGCCUACAUUAUGUUCACAAAAAGUGUAAACUUAUAUUUAUUAAUGUCAUAAUGGAAUGAUAAAUGUAUGAUAAAUUUGCGGCUGUUAAAGAUUUAGCAGCGCUAAUAUUUUAUUCUUUGUACCCAGCUUUUUUAAGACUGGUUCUAUUAUAUUUGCUGUUGUAAUAAAAACAAAACAAACUUUUAUUGUGGAAAAUAAAUGCUGUAAUGUUUAAAAAGCUCAUGAGUAUAUAACAACAUUAAAUAUUUACUGCUAAUAUUUUAUUUAUUAUCUAAAUGUAUUUUUAAAUCUGCCAAUUGUUAAUUUACGAAUUAUUUAUUUAAAAAAAAGUAGAGGUUUAAAAUACUUAACAAAUAUAAACACUAUCUUUAUAUAAUUUAAACUAUUACUGAGAAUAAUUUGUUUUAGUUUAAAGUUUUAACUUGAAUUUAAUAAAAGUAAAAUUCUUUUAUACCAA